AUGACUUUUGUCAUCUCAGUGUGGCGCGUUAGCGCGGGCGUCGGUUCGAGCCCCGGCCGUCGCGCGUGCUCCGUGCGCUCGGCGCGGCGCGGCGCCGCUGCGCCCCUCCCCGGCCGCGGCUGCCGAUGGCGGGCAUUUUUUGUGGCGGCGCGUCAGUCAUGCCGGCGCUACCUGGCGCCAGCAGCCGCGCCCCAGUGGAGCGUCCCGGCCGUCUGCGCCUCCUCUCCGCAGCCGCGGCCCGGCGCGACUCUUCUCAAAGUUGGCGGGAGGCAGUUCAGGAAGCAGUUCCCAGAAGCUGCAGUGAGCACGCCAGCCUGUUCAGCGGUGUUGGAGGGGCACUGGACAUGCUGUGCGCUUACCAAGCAACGAUGUUCGUCUGGAUACCACAUAUUUACCGUAGCCGAAGCUGAAGAAGAUACGAAUCGAAAACUAUUGUCAUAUUGCAAUGGACUCUUUUACAGCCAGAUGUUCAGCGCACUGACAGCUAGACGCAUGGUGGCCUAAUGCCCGACUUCCAGUUAACUGCAGGGCUAUUAAAAAUUGGUAAGGUAUUGAAGAGAGUGACAGUGACUUUCGGUGGAUAGUGUCCCUGCUAUUGGU